AAAACGAAACUUAAUGAAGUAGUGACCAUGACUGUAGCUCUAUAAAUUCCAGUGUACUCAUUAUAUUUGGAAGAGUAUGUCAACUCAGAAAGACAGAGAGCACAUCAUGGGAGUUAGAGGACUGACCAGUUUUGUGGAUGACAAUGGACACAUUUUACAAGAUGUUUCCUUCAAGAACAGCAAACUGGUAAUCGAUGGCAAUAAUCUGUACUACUUACUUUAUUUUUCUGAACGACUGGACCAGAGUCACGGGGGAGACUAUGAAUCUUUCGAGGGUCUCGUCUGUGGGUUUAUCAAGGCUCUGAGAGAAAAUGGGAUUCAACCCUAUGUUGUUGUGGAUGGUGGGUCUGACUACACAGACAAGAAGUUUGAGACUCUGAAACAACGAGCUGAAGAAAAGAUUCACGAUGCUCACGACAUGUCAGUGGGACGCAAAAGUGAUGUCUUGCCACCCAUCACUAAACGUGUGUUCUCACAGAUCCUCACCGAAUUGCGAGUACCUUUUGCAAAGAGCAUCGCUGAAGCAGACAGAGAAAUAGCCUCACUGGCAAGGGAGUGGAGAUGCCCUGUGCUGUCCAAUGACAGUGACUUUUACAUAUUCGACGUCCCUGCAGGACUUUUACCCAUCCCACAUUUCAAGUGGAAGCAAGGGGGAUUGAAGAAGGGUAUUCCUGCCAAACUCUUCACUCAAGAAAUAUUCUGCUCUUGGUUUAACAUCAACCGGUCUCUACUACCAGUCUUUGCCUCCAUUGCAGGAAACGAUUAUGUCAAUCUCGCCAGCCGGGGCUUGUCCGUAAAAUGGGCUGACUACUCGAAGCUGAGUGGGAGAUUUGCUAAGCUCGACGGCUUGCUGCACUGGUUAGGGAGUUUAAAAGAUCAGAAGAAUGCCUUGAACGCUGUGCUCAAGUUAAUGGAUGACGGUGAUAGGGUGAAAACGAAGCAAACAAAACAAGCCUUCAUGUUGAGCAUGGAAGAGUACAAACUAUCUCCUAGCUCAUUGGGUGAGUUCUUCAGGAACGGGACCCCACCUUCCAAUAUUCCAGAGCCUGUGAAGGUGUUGCCAGACUGGGCCCUCCUAUCCCUGACGCAGGGGAAGCUCUUCUCGGACGUCAUUGACGUUAUACUCUUUAGAAGAGCGAUGCAGAAUUCCCAGGUAGAGGACAUUAACUUACCCAGCGGACAAAUCACCUCAAGGCCCAUACGGCAGAUAAUGUACGGGCUGCUACUGGGUGGGAGAUCCCCCGCUUCGAUGGAGACGGGACAGUGUAUGGUUGAGGAGUAUGACAGAGAUGGCCUGAAUCUGAGUAGUCACAUGGUCAAGCCUAUCCUCAGCGGGCCUGUACAAAAGCUGCAGCUGGACAGUAUGGAUAAGGCCCACCUCCCAGAUCGUCUGACGGUGAUGUUAGAGACCCUGGGAGUGACUCAGUCGCUGGCUGACAUCCCACCUCACCUGCAUCUGCCUGUAAGUGUCACUUGCUAUUGGGUGACACACGCAGCCCCUCCCCCUGACCUGCCUCUCCUGCAGGCCCUGCUCCUGGGCAUGGUCUAUGGAGAACUCUGCAGACAGAAGAAGAAGAGAGGAGGGAUCUCGAAGAGUGAGAAGCUGGUGCUGCGGAGGUUUGAAGGAAUAGUCCAGAGAUGUACAUGGAAGCUGGACCUGGAUGUGGCCCAUGCCUACAGCCAAUGGCAGGGCUGCUUUAUAGACAGCCUCAAUUUGAACCAACUGCUAUGCUUCCCCCUAGUGGAGCCAGCAUGUGCAAGGCUGUACAAGGGCACUCUUGUGCACCCCCUAGUGGUUGAACUGAGAAGAGGGGCGAGCCCGGAGUUUAUCCUGGCUGGAGGCCCCAUCGCUGGGCCGCUGUACAAGGCCCUCCUGGACACUGUGCUCCUCUCCCAGGACUGCAGAUCCAUCAUCUCCACGACAACCAGAGGGGCAGCUCGUGGCAGGACAUUGCAACGGGAACCAUUGUAUGACCUCACAGCCAAUCUGAAGAAGCUGGUGAUGCAGUUGGAGCAGGAGGAAGAGGAGGAUACCUGGAGAGAGAGGAAGAUAAAGGACACCCCUGCAGAAGACCUGGGCUGGGUCGUCUCAGUGAAAACUCGGUACAAGACCAAGUGCAGGGCCCAGAAAAUUCCAAACCCAGAAUUGUCAAAGCUCCGGGACAAGAAAGGCUGGAUCUGAGAAUACCUUUAUAUUCCAACUCUUCAAAAUAUAAAUCAUUACAAAUUAUUAUUAUUAUUAUAAAUAAUGGACUAUCAAGUGUUUUUGUAAAUCUACUAAAUUUUAAAAUGUUUAUUUGUGUUCCUCUGAUCAUUGUAUGGUAUUUGAAAUGUAAUUAACAUGUUUUCGCAUUUAAUGUAUUGAUUUAAAUUGUGCAAAAAUAAACAGUUUUGAAGUUCGCCAAA